AUUGCCUUAACACAAGUCACAACCACUCUAUCGAUAACAGAUUGUCGUGAGGGGUCGCAAAUGAGCUCAUCCAUAUAUAUUUUUGUUAUUUUAAAUUAUUCUUCAGUUGAGCAAGCAUUUCGUGAAAGGAAGUCGUAAGAGAAGACUCUCUCGCCCUUAAUAAGCCGUCUCGCGCAAAUCUUGGACACAUGAAAGGCGCAGCCCACCGCGCCAUGCCAGUCGGCAAGCGGGCUUCUGGGGGUGGGAUCGCAGAAACAAAGGUGUCUCCUGAGCAGCAGCCUUUAACUCCUAACGUGUUUCGUGUGUCAGUACGACCAUAAUGAACCACAUCUCGUCCGCUUCAUUUUAUUAACCAUCUGCCUGCAUAUUUCAGAAAAUGCUAUCAGUUGCGUGGUCAUUCGUUUUCCUGUGCUUGUUGGGUGCGAGCUGCCAACGAGACUCGGACACCACUGUUCCCACAACCACUGGACGUGUGAGAGGCACUCUUGUCCCGACGACAGCCGGACCUGUGCGCGCCUUCCUGGGAGUGCCCUUUGCAGAGCCUCCAGUUGGUGCUGCCCGUUUCAAGAAGCCCCAACCGAAGGAGCCCUGGGAGGGAGUACUCCAUGCCACGUUAAAUCCACCUAUGUGCCCCCAGCAGCCUAUACAAUUCAAUAACUACUACUCUGUGAAGAAAAGCGAUGAAAUUUCAGAGGACUGCCUUUUCCUUAACGUUUUCACUCCUAUGACGCGCGGGAAGUCACUGAAACCAGUUGUCGUUUAUAUCCACGGAGGCUUCUUCAACUAUGGUGGAGUUUCCAUGAAGCUCUACGAUGCCUCAGAACUAUCAGCCAGACAGGACCUCGUUGUUGUUACCAUCGCGUACAGGCUUGGCGCGUUUGGAUUUCUCAACGUGGGUACUGAAGAUGCACCAGGUAACAUGGGGCUUCAUGAUCAGAUCCUCGCACUAAGCUGGAUAAAAAGCAACGCGGAGGCCUUUGGCGGAGAUCCUGACCUCAUCACUCUCGUUGGCCAAAGCGCAGGAGCUUUCUCCGUUGGCAUUCACUUGACAUCUCCCAAAAGCAGAGGCCUCUUUAAGCGCGCAAUCAUGCAGAGUGGGAGCCCCUUCACGACCACAAUGAUGAACAGCAAGGACGAUGCGGCCUACGGCGCGGGUGAGCUGGCCAGGGCUUUGCACUGUCCUAUGCCAAUGAUGAUGAUGCAAGGUGGUGGUGCCAAUGCAAUGCUCAAGUGCCUACGCUCCAAGGAUGUUGAUUCCAUACUUAACGCUACGGCAAGCUUCACCAUCCAAGGUCUGGAUGGCUUCUUCCCCGUGAUAGGCGACGAAGUCAUACCCGUGAAACCUUCGGUUGCUUUGAGAAGCGGAAGGCUUAACGCUCGCGAGCUACUGGCAGGCAUAUCGGAACACGAAGGGGACGGCCUCAUCCACUUUAUGGCGAAGAAAUUCUACGACACCAAAGAUGCCGAUGAAGUCAGGAAAGACUCGAUGAUUUUCGUGGCUAGAGGUGCAAUGCUAACCUUUUUAGGAGUCGAUUCAAAGCGAGCAAUAGAUCGCUACUUCAGUGGUUCGCAAUCGCAAGGUGGUACGAACGCUCUCCACGCAGCGGCGGAUCUCAUCGGAGACAGUCAGCUCGGAUGUCCAACAGUGGGCUUCGCCAAGAGAUUCGUAAACCCCGACACGAGGGUUUUCGUGUACAAGCUUUCGCAGCAACCAUCCAGGAUAAACUGGCCAAAGUGGGUUCGGCCGACGCACACAGACGAAAUAGCCUUCGCUUUAGGAUCCAUUUUCAAGCUGGAUCCACAGAUCUCGCUGAGCGAUGUCAGAGCAGCCGAUAACUUCAUGCACAUCGUUUCAACAUUCAGUCGCACAGGAGUUCCACGUGUCACAGACAAGACUUCAUGGCCGAAAUUCGAUCAGCAGCAGCGAUACAUGAACAUCGAGAAGCAAGGAAACUUUCCUGGAAAGAACCUCCUUUAUUCUACGUGCGAUAUGUGGGAAAGAGUUCGUCCUUAUGAAUGAGUGGGCACAGCAUUCGCUCGCUUUUAGAGUACCACGAGUCCCUGACAACAACACCUGGCCCAAGUUUGGUGAAGAACGUGAUUACAUGGAAAUUGGAAAAGAAGCCAACGUCAACAGAAAGCACCUUCUUGGGCCUGCGUGCAACAUUUGGGAGGAACAAAAGCCCUAUAAUUGAAAUGUCGUCGUACCACCUGUAUCCGAUAGCUCCUUGCAAGACAGCUGAGGUGAAGGUGGCACGUCAUAUACUUAAGGCCAUGAAGGGCGACUUACAGUCUGAAGCAGGGUGUUCUGUCAAAAUUUUCAGAUUAUGCAAAGAUGAGGUAGACAUUCACUGACAUCAAUCGUGGUCAAGAUGUAAAACGAAGUUUACAGGGUAUACUGUCAUUUUACAUCUGCAGUUUAGCGUAAAAUUCAUGUCACUGAUGACAAAGAAGAAGAUCCGCCUCCCGAUGGUGGAGAAGAAAGACUCAACUCGUACCUACUCGGACGUAAGAACUGGUCUCGAAUAAAACAGCUUUCAGUCUGCUAUGCUUCCGUAACUGCUCGCUUUUCGCAAGGUGAUAUGCGGGAUACGCUUCAUUAACAGCUAAGACACACGUUAUUUUUGAAGAAGAGUGCGUCCACAUCAUCCGGUAUGCAGAUAACUAAGUCGAACGCUGGAAGAAAGCAAAUGAGUAAAAAGCAGAUGUGAUCAGUCGUUGAAAUUUGGCAUGCAGAAACAAAAUUAAUAGAGGGAGUGCUGCAGAUGAAGAGAGGACCCAAUGCCACUUUUACACAAUAAACCAGUAAACACACAUGCUGAGCGAGUGUUAGCUGUGGCAGCUACUGCAACUGGGCUUUACAAUAUCAGAGUCCACUACUGCCGCAUGGGUGAAGGGGCUGUCAGAUUGCCAAUAUUUUGUUGUUCGUAAGUUUCAAAGGGCCCUGCAACACGUUGCCGAAUAACCAUCGAAUAGCUUCAUAGAGGCUUAUUAGCUGCCCGAAUCGGCCGCUGCUAAGCUUUUUACAACCCAUCGAGUACGAGCAGCUCGCAGAAAUUCGUGACGCACGCUGUAAUUGAUUUUUCGCUUCUCGUCGUCCCAGUGAGCGGGCUGGAGGUCAAAUAUAGAGAGGCAUUGACACGAAGGAAAGAAGUUGCAUAGCGCGUGCGUCAUCCCUUUGUACACUCUUUUGUUUUCUUCUCAUGUGAUUCUUAAAUAGAAAAGAAGAGAAAAGUGAUCCCCGUAACGGUCUGCAUCAGAGUGCGACACCUCAACAGCAGCUCACGAGAGGAUGGACAUAAGGAGGGAUUAAAAGGAUAGGAUUAAAAGUUAAACAGAUAGAGUGGGAAGGAGAGAGUGAAACGCAGGGACAGCGAACGACGGAAAACGACGGAAGUAAAGAGGAGAUAGGAAAGAUGGACACGUUCGCAGGAGUCCGAGGACGGGGCACCACUCGGCGAGAGCUCUUGUCGGCGUCAGGAGAUGGCGUAGGGCGAGCCCAGUCGGCCAGAGCUGCGCUGUCGUCGGAGAUCGCGGAGGCACAACCGGUUGGCACGAAAUCCAGAGAGCGAGUCCAUCUUUGUUUUCUUCAAACGCAUGACUGACCAAUGGACUGACAUUCAGUGUUAUCGCGAGCGAACGCGCAAGCAAGUAGUUCACAACGCUCAAAUCAGACGAUAGUUGUGAAUUUGGGCAUACAACACUUUAAUUUGGAUGUAUGGGAUCAUUUGUAGAAACAAGGGACAAUUUAGAGCUGUCUUUGAGAAUCAUGAAUUACAGGCCACUUGCUGCCCUAUAAUGUCUGCUUCCCGUGUUCUCAGGGUCCUCAACCACCGAUCGGCAUUGUUUUCUGAUCGUGCUGAAAACGUUCCGCAGGGCCCAUUUGAAUUUGUUGACGCAAUAAAAACAUUUCUUAGUAAUUCCCUGGAAUGUCAUAUUGGUGUUCCUGUGACAGCAAUGGCUGAAUAACAAUAAACAGAUUAGUUAAUUAUUAACAUUUUUUGCAUAAGAUAUAUAAAAAGCUGAAUAUCGCUCGCAAUUAACUGUAAAUCGUCAGUAGAGGCUAAAAUAUCCGCUCAAAUGUAUCAGAGUCUAGGCUCUGCAUGGAAGGGCUACAAAAGUUCGUUCUUCUAGGAAAUACUUGCUUACGAAAUGCCAAACUGCUUUCCUCGUAAUACAGAACAAUAAAAAUGCUCUGGUA